AUGGAAAACAGGGUCUACCCCGCAGCUAGUGAUCCCAAUGGAAAAGAAGUUGAAUUGGAAGAGUUGGCCAUUGACAUUCCACUAGCCCUAGAGCCUGCACAAUGGCCUGAGUGUUGUAUCUACAGAAUUCCCAAGAAACUUCGUAGGGUAAACAAAGAAGCCUACAUUCCUAAACUAGUUUCAAUCGGCCCAUUUCAUCACCGCCAAGAUGAAUUGAAGAACAUGGAAAUACAAAAACUAAGAUAUUUGAGGGAAUUCUGCUAUCGGACUAGGAAGAAGCAAGAGAGACUUGCAAGCAUCAUUGAAGAAAAUGAAGUAAAAAUCCGCCAUUGUUAUUCAGAGACCUUUGAACUCAGCAGCAAAGAGUUUGUAAACAUGGUUCUAUUGGAUGGUAUUUUUAUAAUUGAGCUGUUCCUAAGGACCCGUGAAAAGGAAAAUGAUUACAUAUCAAGUCAACCAUGGCUGAGAACUGGUAUAAUUCAUGACUUGAUAUUACUUGAAAAUCAGCUUCCUUUUUUUGUUCUUGAGGAAUUAUAUAUGUUCGCCUUUGAUGACUUUUCAAGUUCCAACCAUCUCGAAGAAGCUGCUCCCUUAGUGAAGCUUUCCCGCAAUUUCUUUGAUUACUAUGAUCGGCAGCAAGAGUCCAUCAUUGGUGAGGAAGUAAAACAUUUCACAGAUUUGAUAAGAUAUUUGUUGUGUCCACCAGAUCUUCACCCUACACAACAUUUGGAUAAUAUUUAUUUUGCCACAAAGCUCGACAAGGCCGGAUUGAAAUUCAAACCAGUUGAAAAGAGACGAUUACUUGACAUAAAAUUCCCCAAGAACAAGUGCUUGAAAUAUUGUCCAUGCUUCGAUUUUUCAUGGCUCUUGGCUUGCUUGCCAUGCUUGAAAUGCUUUCCAUGGCUGAAAAGCAUGCAACGUGUUUUGGAAGUGCCACCCUUUGAGGUAGAUGGCAAUACAGAAGCUCUUUUACGAAACCUCAUUGCAAUGGAACAAUGUCAUUAUCCAUCUAAAGCUUACAUAUGCAAUUAUGUUUUGCUGUUGGAUUAUCUUAUUGACACUAAAAAAGAUGUGGCUUUGCUUGUUGACAAAAAGGUCAUUGUCAACAAACUCGGCAGCAAUGCAACAGUUGCGACUCUAAUUGAUAAACUCGGACAACAUAUUGUGGAAGGAAAAUCAUGUUACUAUGAUCUUGGUCGAGAACUUAACGAGCACUAUGAUUACCCCUUGAACCAUAUCGUGGCAUCCCUCACAAGUACGUAUUUCCACAAUUUUUGGAGAGGCACUGCAACUGUUGUAGGAGUAAUUGUUCUAGGUUUCACUUUUUGGGGUUUCCUUCGGCCUUUUGUCAUAAAGGAGUCAAGCAUUUAUGGUUAG